UUUGGUUGGCAAUGGCGAAUCGAGCUCGAGAAGGCGGCGCCGGUGAGCUCAUAGAAAGGCUCCCCAAGGAUGCCAUUCUCGAGAUACUGCGUAGGCUUGACUUGCUUUCGCUCUGCUCGGUGGCGCCUGUCUCUAGAUCUCUUCGUCUCUUGGUGUCUCAGUCCCUGUCCUGUAUCACCACUCUCGAUCUCUCCGGGUUUUCUCUAUCAACAACAAUUCUUAAAAGAGUUCUCGGAGAUAAUAAAGUCUUGCGGAGCCUGACCCUUGAUUGCACACAGUUAGAGGAUUCCUCCAUUGAAGUUUUUGCUAAAGAACAUCUCGAAGAAAUAGUGUUGCUAAAGUGUUUAAUGUUUUCUUCUUAUAUUUUCAUUGCGAUUGGAAUGAAGUGUCAUAAUUUGAGGCGGCUUACAUUAGAAAUGUUAGCUUUAGAUGAGUGCGAAUCACUCGAUACUUGCAACAAAGACUUCUCACAGAUGCUUAGGAGGUGUUCCUGCUUGGAGUUUCUCUGGGUAAAAUUGCCAAAUCAUUGUCCACAUCUCAUUGAUGAUGAAUAUUGGGAGAGUAUUGGUUAUGAAGAUUUCGAAUCCCCCUUCCCGAAAAGAAUCAAAGGUUUAGUGCUACAACCUUUAUUGGAACACCAAGCAGAGCUACUAAGCAUGAUGAUUGGACAGAGCACAUCUUCAAUUAAUGUUGGCAUGGGAGUUGGCCUGCAAUCUCUAACUCUUGUUUUAAAUUUAAUAACUGAUGAUCUGCUUGUGUGCAUCACUGGAAAUCUCCGUCAUUUGGUUGAGCUGUGCCUCGAAGACAGACCAGUGUAUCAGCCCUCACCACCCAAUGACCUGACUGGCUUAGGACUUCUAGCUUUAAGCUCAUGCAAGGGUUUGGCAUGCCUCACUCUGAUCCGCAGCAAGAUAUAUUGUCCUGCAACCUUUAAAAGUGUAAAAGACGUUGAUAUGCAACUCCUAGCUGAGGGAUGCAGCAGAUUCGAAUCUAUAAAACUUGGUGGUUUCUCAAAAGUGACUGAUGCCGGCUAUGUAUCUAUUCUCCAUUCCUGCAGGAACUUGAGAAAACUUGAGAUCAUUAACAGUUUAACCCUAUCAGAUUUAACAUUUCACAAUCUCGCUGAUAUUCCCUGCCCUCUCAGAGAGGUUAGACUGGUUGCCUGCAAUGCCUUAACUUGUGAUGCUGCAAGGUCUCUCUCAUCAUGCAGAGACUUGGAAGUGCUGGACUUAUCAGGUUGCAGAAGCAUUGCUGAUGCUGGUCUAGAAUCAAUUGCGAAACUUUGUAAACUCUCCAAAUUGGAUCUCAGUGGAGCUGAUAUCACUGACGACGGUAUAGGACUGCUUGGUAAUGGGACUUCUCCGAUUGCCUAUUUGUAUAUCCGGGGAUGUAAGAGGAUUACAGACACAGGCAUAGCCAUGCUAUUAACCGGCAAUGGUAUCAUAAAGAAAACAUUGAAAACUCUUGAUAUCAGCUACUUGCCAGAGAUAUCAGACAGAUCUAUAUCAAUUGUAGAGGAGCAUUGUUCAGAGAUCACUGAUCUCAGCAUCAGAUAUUGUCCUUCACUGACCGAUAAUUCUAUUAAAGUUCUGGGUUCGAUAGAGAGACGAAGAUCACUUAGAAGGCUUGAUGUUUGCAACUGUCAAGGAUUUUCCAGUGACUCACUUCGGCUGUUUUCUCCUCCGUAUUUUCGGGGACUCCGGUGGCUUGGCGUCGCUAACAGUAAACUUUUCUCAUCUUCUAAGAACAAAAGGGAAGACAUGUUAUCGGAACUCACUCGUGAGAGACCGUUGUUGCGAGUUUGUCAAAUUGGAUGUGAAUUGGGGUGUCGAGAUAGAUGGCAGUACCACGAGAAAGUUCAGAACAUGAUGCAUCUCUUGAAUUAGACUUUCCGGUUGAUCGUAAGCCAUCACAGACAAAGCAUUACUUUUUUGGUCCUGAGUUUUGUAGCCAGCAUGAAGAUGUAAUUUGUGAAUACUCUCUUCAUGCUGCAAUUAACUGUAAAGUGCAAUGCACAUACUCUUUUUCUGGACUUACUUUUUAUCUCUUUUGAACUUGUUUAAAUA